CGCCGGGGGCCGUGGGGGCCGGAGCGGUGCCUCCGCAGCUGAGCCCCCGAGCCGCCCUGCAGGCCGGCGUCUGCCCGCCGGAACACGGGACAUGGUGCGACUAGCGCCGCGCCGCCGCCGCCGCUGAGCUCGCGGGCCGUACCAGGCUCGGACGUGGGAGCAGGAAGAUGUUCUCCGCGCUCAAGAAGCUGGUGGGGUCGGAGCAGGCGCCGGGCCGCGACAGGAACAUCCCGGCCGGGCUGCAGUCCAUGAACCAGGCGCUGCAGAGGCGCUUCGCCAAGGGGGUGCAGUACAACAUGAAGAUCGUGAUCCGCGGGGACAGGAACACGGGCAAGACGGCGCUGUGGCACCGGCUGCAGGGCAAGAAGUUCGUGGAGGAGUACAUCCCCACGCAGGAGAUCCAGGUCACCAGCAUCCACUGGAGCUACAAAACCACUGACGACAUCGUGAAAGUUGAAGUCUGGGAUGUAGUUGACAAAGGAAAAUGCAAGAAGCGAGGCGACGGCUUGAAGAUGGAGAACGACCCCCAGGAGGCGGAGUCUGAGAUGGCCCUGGACGCCGAGUUCCUGGACGUGUACAAGAACUGCAACGGGGUGGUCAUGAUGUUUGACAUCACCAAGCAGUGGACCUUCAACUACAUCCUGCGGGAGCUGCCCAAGGUGCCGACCCACGUGCCCGUGUGCGUGCUGGGGAACUAUCGCGACAUGGGCGAGCACCGCGUCAUCCUGCCUGAUGACGUGCGCAAUGUCCUCGACCACCUGGACAGGCCCCCAGGAUCCUCUUACUUUCGCUACGCCGAGUCCUCCAUGAAGAACAGCUUCGGUCUCAAGUACCUGCACAGGUUCUUCAACAUCCCCUUCCUGCAGCUUCAGAGGGAGACGCUGCUGCGGCAGCUGGAGACGAACCAGCUGGACAUCGACGCCACACUGGAGGAGCUGUCCGUGCAGCAGGAGACCGAGGACCAGAACUAUGACAUCUUCCUGGAGAUGAUGGAGGCGCGCAGCCGUGGCCACGCGUCCCCACUGACCACCAACGGACAGAGCCCGUCCUCUGGCUCCCAGUCCCCCGUGGUGCCUCUGAGCGCAGUGUCCACGGGGAGCUCCAGCCCUAGCACGCCCCAGCCAGCUCCACAGGCGCCCCCAGCGCCCCCUGCCCCAGCUGAGGCCCCACCCCCACCAACCGCACCUCUCCGACGCGGCAUCAUCGCUCGGCUGUUCGGGGCUGCGCCGGCAACCGAGGCGGCCCCCCCACCCCCAGAGCCAGCCCCAGCCACAGAGGCCCCGGCAAAAGUCCAGAACGUGGAGGACUUCGUUCCUGAAGACAGCCUGGACCGCAGCUUCCUGGAGGACACAGCCCCCGCCAAGGACGAGAAAAGACUGGGAGCCAGGGGCCCCUUGGACAGCGACAGUGAUGGGGAGACCCCGGCAGGGAACCCGAUGGUGGCAGGUUUCCAGGACGACGUGGACCUUGAAGACAAGCCUCCCAGCAGGCCCCUGCCACCCACGGGCUGCGCCCCCAGCGAGGAGGAGGCAGAGGAGGGGGCAGGGCACCCCAAGGCCGCAGUCCUCGCCCCCCGGAAGUGCCCUGAGCCAGAGACCGGACGGUCCUCCACCAAGGCUGCGGGGCCACCCCGGGAUGCGGCUCCCCAGGCGGCAGAGCCCCGCCGGCCGGGCGGCACCAAGGCCCGCCCUGAGGGACCUUCUCGCGGGCUGGAGGAGGGCACGGACCAGCCAGCGUCGUCAGAGAGUGACACAGAGGGGCCCAUCGCUGCCCAGAUGCUGUCCUUCGUCAUGGACGACCCAGACUUUGAGAGCGACUCAGACGCUCAGCGGAGAGUGGGUGAGUUCCCCGUGCGAGAGGACCUGUCCGACCUGACUGAUGAGGAAGCUGGCCCCGUGCAGCCCCCCGCACCCCCCAAGCCCCUGGCCCCCUCCUUCAGACUGAAGGAUGACUCUGACCUCUUCGGGCUGGGGCUGGAAGAACCAGGCCGCAAGGACAGCAGCGAGGAAGAUAAGGAGGGCAGGCCCCCCGCGAAGGAGAAGAAGAAGAAGAAGAAAAAGGGCAAAGAGGAGGAAGACAAGGCGGCAAAGAGGAGGAGCAAGCAUAAGAAGACCCGGGAGCGGGCGGACGACAAGGGCAGGGACGAGCGCCGGCGGCAGCCCCGGGGCCCGCAGAGAACGGCCCUGGACGAGCUGGAGGCCUUCUUGGGCGGCGGGGCGCCCGGUGGCCCCCUCCGCGGUGGCGGCGACUACGAGGCGCUCUAGGCCCCGCCCCGCCGACCGCGGGCACCCCGUGCGCUGGGGGCUGGGCCUGCCCUAUGGGGAGGGGCGGCGGGCAGCCGGCCCCCUGCGCUUCUCAGGGAUGGGACAGGCCAAGGAGGCCCGUGAGGCUGUUUACAGGGGGGGUGCGUCCCCGCCAGCCCCAGCUCGCCCCCGGCCCGCCGCACGCGCUCACCUGGCCUGCUGCAUGCGGGCCGUCCCCGCUUCCCACUGCGGCUUGGCCAGCACUGCAGGCCUCUGUCCCCAGACUCCGGGACCCCCGCGCGCCGAGGUCAGGCAGUGCUGGCGCCUCUGUGGGGGCGGCUCUUCCCAGGCACGGCGUCCGGCUUUGCACCUGAGCUCGGGCAUGCGUGGGCCGAGCAGGAGGCCCUCAACACUCGUGUCCUUCACUGUCCUUCCGCACCACGUGGACCAUAAAGCUCUCCUGUUUUACUGCG